GGCUUGAGUGAGUUGUGCCUUGCAGUGAGCUGCCGUCGUUGCCGAGAACAAUAAUAAUUAUUGUUUUAGCUAGAGAACAGUGCAAAUUAAGCCAAAACCAUGUCGGACAGCGACGACAACGACAAUGAUAACAUGUGGGAAAACAAAGCAGAGGACAGUGGAUCAGAGGAGCCUGAGCCCUCAGAAAAGGGCUCUGACAAUGAGUCCGAGAAAAACCAUUCCAGCGAUAGCGAACAAGAAAUUCAGGCCUCCAGCAAGAAGAAGAAAAAGAAGCAGAAAAAUCGACAGGUUGAAAGUGGUUCAGAAGAAGAGGAGAAGGACCGAGAAGAUGAGUAUGAUGAAGAAGAGGAGGAAGACGAUUACGACCGGCCAAAUAAAAAGCGGAAGAAGGAUCGCUACGGCGGGUUUAUUAUUGAUGAAGCAGAAGUAGACUCUGAUGUGGAUGAAGAUGAUGAGUGGGAAGACGGGGCAGAACCAGCAGGAUUUGUUGGAAAUGAUGAUGAACUUGGUCCGACUGCUAGAGAAAUUGAGGGUCGACGACGUGGCCAUAAUAUCUGGGACCAACACAAGGAGGAUGAACUGGAGGAGUAUUUGCGUAAUAAAUAUGCAGAUGAGGGUGCAGUUGCCCGGCACUUUGGCGAUGGAGGAGAAGAAAUGUCUGACGAAAUCACCCAGCAAACACUUCUUCCUGGCGUGAAAGACCCAAACUUGUGGAUGGUCAAAUGUAGAAUGGGCGAAGAAAAGGCCACCUGCCUCUCGCUGAUGAGGAAGUUUGUGGCCUACUUGAGCUCGCCAGAAGCUCUGCAAAUUAAGAGUGUUGUUGCUCCAGAGGGAGCCAAGGGCUACAUUUAUAUUGAGGCGUUCAAGCAGACUCAUGUGAAACAGUUAAUUGCCAAUGUUGGAAACUUGCGCAUGGGGCAAUGGCAACAGCAGAUGGUCCCAAUCAAAGAAAUGACAGACGUUCUGCGAGUCGUGAGGGAGCAGUCCGGUCUUAAGGUCAAGCAGUGGGUUCGACUGAAGAGGGGAAUUUUCAAGGAUGACAUAGCGCAAGUGGAUUAUGUAGAUUUAGCUCAAAACACAGUACAUCUUAAACUUCUGCCACGCAUUGACUAUACCAAAUUGAGAGGCGCCCUAAGGAACUCCCAAUCUGACGCAAACAAAAGAAAGAAGUUCAAGCGUCCUGCUGCCAAGCUUUUUGACCCCGAAGCAGUCCGUGCGAUUGGAGGAGAAGUGGCUCGGGAUGGUGACUUCCUGAUAUUUGAAGGCAAUCGCUAUUCCAGAAAGGGAUUCUUGUUUAAAAAUUUCCCCACCAACGCUGUUCUCGCUGAUGGUGUUAAACCGACUUUGAGUGAGCUGGAGAAGUUUGAAGAUUCGCCUGAAGGCAUCGACUUGGAGCUCUCAUCAAAUGUGACUGCGAAAGAAGAAGUGGGACACUCAUUCGCCACUGGAGACGUAGUGGAAGUGUUUGAGGGUGAAUUGAUGCACUUGCAAGGCAAAAUUCAGACUAUUGAGGGCAAUAAAAUCACGAUUCUGCCCAAGCACGAGGAGCUUGUCGAACCUCUGGAGUUCCAAGCAAGUGAAUUGAGGAAGUAUUUCAAGCAAGGGGACCACGUGAAGGUUCUGAAAGGGCGAUACGAAGGAGACACAGGUCUCAUCAUCCGCGUUGAGGACAACCGUGUAGUUUUGUUCUCAGAUCUGACCAUGCAUGAGCUGGAAGUUCUUCCAAGGGAUUUGCAGCUCUGCACUGACAUGGCCACUGGCGUUGACUCCCUGGGUCAAUUCCAGUGGGGAGAUCUUGUUAUGCUUGAUGCUCAGACCGUAGGAGUGAUCGUUCGUCUAGAGAAGGAGAGCUUCCAAAUUCUUUCCAUGAGCGGCAAGCUUGUGGAGGCCAAGCCACAAACUUUGCAGAAGAAGCGUGAAAAUCGGAACGCUCAAGCUCUUGAUCUUGAGCAGAAUCCCAUUCAAGUCCGGGACAUAGUCAAAGUUGUGGAUGGCCCGCACGCUGGACGCGAGGGUGAAAUCAAGCACUUGUACCGCAACUGUGCUUUCCUGCACUCUCGACUCUUCCUGGAGAAUGGCGGUAUUUUCGUCUGCAAAACCAGGCACGUUCUUCUUGCUGGCGGCGGAAAGGCUGUAAGCGCUGCAAGUGCCGGCACAGGAGGAAUCGGCGGCGGCUUCAUGUCGCCUAGGAUUAUGUCUCCCCGCAUCUCAUCUCCCGCGCAUCCUUCAGGGGGUGGUGGCGGCGGCGGAGGCGGUGGUGGCGGCAGGGGUGGUCGCCGAGGAGGCAUGGCCGGCGGGGGUGGCGGCAACAUUCGCCGCGACCGACAGCUCAUCGGACAAACCAUCAAGAUCACUGGCGGGCCGUACAAAGGCAACGUGGGCAUCGUCAAGGAUGCGACCGACUCGACCGCCAGGGUGGAGCUGCACUCGACCUGCCAGACGAUCUCGGUUGACCGCAGCCACAUCGCGGGCGUUGGCGCGCCCACCAAAGAUGGCUCGUAUACCACGUACAGCCGCACCCCCAUCGCCCCUCACUACGGAGGUGGCGGCGCUGCCACCCCUAUGUACAGAGGCGAUGGCUCGAAGACCCCUAUGCACGGCAGCCAGACUCCUAUGUACGACGUUGGUUCGAGGACUCCUCACUAUGGCAGCAUGACUCCAUCUCACGACGGCUCUCGCACACCAGGAACUGGUGCCUGGGAUCCCACAGUGGUCAACACACCUGCCCGGGGCUCAGACAACGACUCAUAUGCCCUGGAUGACUCGCCAUCUCCAGGCUACAAUCCAAGCACUCCAGGUUACAAUCCAGACACCCCAGCUGGGCCAUACACACCGCAAACUCCUGGCACUAUGUACGGAUCUGAUCACAGCUACUCACCUUAUCAGUCGUCACCAUCACCAAGUGUUGGAUUCAGACCAACUCCCAGCCCUGGUGGGUAUGUGCCAACGCCGAGUCCUAUUGGAACUAACUACCAGGUUUCUGGAUCUCCUGGUAGUGGAGCGUACGAGUCGCCUUCGCCCUCUUCUAACUACAGCCCUAUUGGCAAUGUUACGUCGCCCUACAACCCGCAGACGCCAGGCGCAGGCAUGGAGCACCUGACGAUGCAUGAGUGGCACACAACCGAUCUGGAAGUGCGCAUCAAGAGCACCCACGGGGACGCGGGGCUGAUUGGUCAGACUGGUAUCAUUCGAGGCAUUUCGGGUGGUAUGUGCAGCGUUUUCCUGCCUGAGGAGGAUCGCGUGGUGAAUUUGCUUUCGGAGCAACUGGAGCCUGUGGUCCCACAGCGAGGCGACAACGUGAAGGUAAUUCUUGGAGAAGACAGGGAAGCUGUGGGUAUGCUGCUUUCCAUCGAUAACAAUGAGGGUGUCGUGAAACUUGGCCCUGACGAUGUUAAGAUGCUUCAACUCAGAUACCUUUGCAAAAUGAAAUCUGUGUAGCGUCUUGUUUCAGUGGUGUAAUUCUAAUUAGUUUAUUGUAACGCUACUUCGUAAUAAAGUCUCUUAUCAACUAGA